AUGCAUUGACUCAUCAGGCUGCAAAGCAACAGUAAACGAGAGCGUGUUCUGAGUCAUUGUCUAAGAUUCCCGUUGCCCUCAUUGAGUUGCAAACCUGCACACUUGUGACCAUGGACAAGUCUAAGAACUUUCGCAUCGAUGCCCUGUUGGGAGCGGAAUCGCGGCCGUUCAGCCACACAGGCUCACCGACCCACUGCGGGGACAGCAUGGAGGGCAGAGCAGUGGUAUGCAGACAGACGGAAACAUCUCCUCUCCGGGGGACCACCGGAAUCAUCCCAAUCCAAACCGGAAUUAUUCCCAAACCGGGCCUUUUGAACAUCUCAACCCCGGGAUUAACUUCACUGUCCCAAACCACUCUUCCGGGAAUGUACCCGGCACCCAUGUACUCCCUGGCCGCUCUUGGGGCUCAGCACCCCGCGUUCUCUUACUCGGGCUUCCCGCAUAUGCCAUACCCUGAGGCGCACCUGAAGGCGGCCGCGAUGGCUGGUGGGUUUCCGCUGGAGCACUGGAUCCGGGCUGGGAUGAUGAUGCCACGUCUCGCAGACUACAAUGCUCCGCAGGCGGGCCUGAUGGGGAAGUGUCGGCGGCCCAGGACGGCCUUCACCAGCCAGCAGCUGCUGGAGCUGGAGAACCAGUUCAAGCUGAACAAGUACCUGUCCCGGCCCAAGCGCUUCGAGGUGGCCACGUCGCUCAUGCUCACGGAGACACAGGUGAAGAUUUGGUUCCAGAACCGCCGCAUGAAGUGGAAGCGGAGCCGCAAGGCCAAGGAGCAGUCGGGCCAGCAGGGGUCCGAGGCCCGGCUCCUGGGGUCCAAGCGGUCCGGCAAGCCCGGUGGCGGCGGCGACACCCGUCGCUCCAGCGCCCAGGACGACGACGAGGACCUGGAGUGCGAGGAAGAGGAGGAGGAGGACGAGGAAGACGAGGUCGACGAGGAGGAGGAGGAGGAGACGAGGAGGUUCCGGGCCUCCGUGGGCGCCGCGAUGGGAGGCGCCGGGGGCAUGCGCGUGGUGGGGGCGGCGGCGGCGCCGGCACCCCGUCAGGUGGACUUCUCGCAGCACUCGUCGGAGCUCAGCUACAGCUCCCACGGCUCCUACUCGGAGGACGAGCUGGACGAGCUGGGGGUGGACAGGAGGACCGGCGUGGCGUUAUGAGGAAGUGACAUCGAGCGAGGCCGUCCCAUUGCUGCCGCGCUUGCUGCAGCCUUGAAGUGCACCUUUGGGGAUCCACGUUUUGUGACGUGAUGGAGGGGGCACAGAGUGUGAUGCUCAAAUCCGCUUUCUUUCUUUGACCCCACUUUUUCCUUCUUCAUACCCCUGUUUCCCCCCACUCUAUUAAUACUUCACAAAAGUGGUACUUUGAGGUGCACUGUCUGAGGAUGCAAGUGCGCAAGUGCUCAAGUGUGCAAGUGCACAAGUGCUCAAGUGUGCAUCGUUGGGACGCGGCCCACUUCAGCUUCCUCUCGCUGAAUUACAUUCCACUUCCUGACUCUGGGUGACUGACCACUGAAACCUCCCCAUGCACUCAGUAUGUACAGUAUAGGCCACUUCUACAGCCACUUGGACUGAAGCUACAUUUAAAAAAGAAGGACAAGAAGAAAAAAAGACUGUUACCUGUUAUGAAUUCAGGAGGAGGAAGGGACCAUUAUUAAAGACUGCUCAACUUCUCCCUCUCCCCUGAUAUUACUCAACCCAACAUUAUGCCAUUUUGAUAUGACUGACUGACUACAUCUGCACUGAGUAAAUCCAUAAAUCAUCCCCAAAUUCACCCGUUCACAACAACAACAACAGCAACAGGUCCUUUUUUUUGUAUUUAAAUAAUCUUUUGGAAAUUAUAAACUGUGCCAAUGUGCAUACCAAAUAGCUGUGAUAUUGCAAUGUAAUGCCAAAUAGCAGACAGUGCCAUUUACAUGUCUAAUUCAGUUACAAUUCAAUAAUUCUGGCCUGGUUUCAUGUAUAGGCCUAUCAUGCACCAUUUAGUGUACGAUCUGAACAAAAGAGCCAUGCUUGUAGAUCUUUGUCUGUCUUCUGUCUGUCUGUCUGAGAAAAGCAAGUCACUUAAAAUGAGUUUACUUUAAGCACUGUACAAAUGGGAUUUUUUUCCUUACUCAUUUGUCAUGUUAGUGGUGUCAUUGUUUAAUGUUAUUUAAAUGGUUUAAAUUAUAUUUAAUUUAUUGGCUUUUAAAUAAAUUAUAGUAAUUAUUACUAGUCACUGUCUAUAGCCUAUUAAAAGAAAAGAAUAGCAAUGAAAAUACAUUAGCCAAAUAAAUGCUGC